GCGGGCCGGGAUUCCACGCGCCGUGACGUCCCGCGGGCCCCGCCCGGGCUCUAUAAAGCGGCGGCGCCGCAGCGGAGCCGGAGCCGGCCCGGAGCGAGCGGAGCCGAGCGGAGCCAUGGCCGCGGGGCCGCCCGGCAGCCUCGUCCCGCUGCUGCUGCUGCUGCUGCUGGGGCCGGCGCUGGGGCCGGCGCUGGGGCAGAGCCUGGGCCAGACGCGCUUCGUGUGCACCUCGGUGCCCCUGGACGGGGAUGUGUGCGCCGCAUCGGCGCUGGGCACCGGCUCGGCAGAGGAGCUGAAGGGCACCGUGCUGCAGCUGCGGGAGACGGUGCUGCAGCAGAAGGAGACGAUCAUGAACCAGAAGGAGACGAUCCGCGAGCUCACGGCCAAGCUGGGCCGCUGCGAGAGCCAGAGCGUGCUGGAGCCCGGCGAGGCCAAGGGCAGGAAAGGCUUCGCCAAGAACACCAUGGGCGACCUGUCGCGGCCGCCCGCCGCCGAGACCCUCAGCCAGCUGGGGCAGACGCUGCAGUCCCUGAAAACCCGGCUGGAAAACCUGGAGCAGUUCAGCAGGAUGAACUCCUCCAGCCAGACCAACAACCUGAAGGAUAUCCUGCAAAAUAAGAUCGACGACCUGGAGAAGCAGGUGCUGUCGCGGGUGAACAGCCUGGAGGAGGGCAAGCUCAGCCCCCGCAACGAGUCCGAGGAGCGCGGCAAGAUCGAGAGCACCCUCACCUCGCUGCACCAGCGCAUCAGCGACCUGGAGAAAGGCCAGAAGGACAACCGGCCCCCGGACAGGUUCCAGCUCACCUUCCCUCUGCGCACCAACUACAUGUAUGCCAAGGUGAAGAAGAGCCUGCCCGAGAUGUACGCCUUCAGCAUCUGCAUGUGGAUCAAAUCCAACGCCUCCCCCGGCAUGGGAACCCCCUUCUCCUACGCUGUGCCCGGGCAGGCGAACGAGCUGGUGCUCAUUGAGUGGGGCAACAACCCCAUGGAGAUCCUCAUCAAUGACAAGGUGGCCAAACUGCCCUUUAUCAUCAACGACGGCAAGUGGCACCACAUCUGUGUCACCUGGACCACGAGGGACGGCGUGUGGGAAGCCUACCAGGACGGCACACAGACGGGCAACGGCGAGAACCUGGCCCCCUACCACCCCAUCAAGCCCCAGGGGGUCCUGGUGCUGGGCCAGGAGCAGGACACGCUGGGCGGCGGGUUCGACGCCACGCAGGCCUUCCUGGGGGAGCUGGCCCACUUCAACGUGUGGGACCGCAAGCUGAGCCCCGGCGAGGUGUACGGGCUGGCCACCUGCAGCUCCAAGGCGCUCGCGGGGAACGUCAUCGCCUGGGCCGAGUCCAACAUCGACAUCUACGGCGGGGCCACCAAGUGGACUUUCGAGGCCUGUCGCCAGCUCAACUAGAGCCACGGACAAGCGAGAGAAACCUCCUCAGCGGGUUCUUUUAUUAAUUUUUUUUUUCCCCCUUUUUUUUUUUUUUUGCGCAAAACCAACCGAGUACGAAGCCACCCGUCUUGUCCCGGGCGCGGGGAUGCCCUGACAGCGGGGCACCCGCCCCCGGAGCCCCACGACCCUCCGGUUUCUGUCUUGCCAACGUCCUUCAACGCCUGCGUGCCUUGGCCUGGCGCGGCUGCGCCCCCCCCGCCGCCCCCCCGAGCCCGGCCCCUGCUUCGCCGCCGCUUCCCCCGGGCACCGGCGCCUUAAAAGGCUGCGGGGCCCGGACAGGAGCCCCCUCGGGGCUCCUCUUUCUCCAGCCUGACCCCCCCUGCGAGGGUGGUGGCCCCGGAGCCGGGGGAAGGCUGCGGCAUCCCCUCCAGUUGUGCUCCAAGCCGGGGUUGUAACAGCAGCUGGGACUCCAUGGAGGGGGCAGCCCCUCCAUUCCCACCCCCGGGGUAAGGAGACACCCCCUCCCCGUUCCCAGGUGAGCCCCAGUGCCCCCUGCCCCGGCCGGCGCUGCUCCCGAGCACCACAGCCAUAGCCCCGGGCUGCGGCGGGCACCGGGGCGGGACCCCCGGCGGGACCCCCCCACUGGCCCCGCUGCCCAACCUGCCGCACUCAGGUACCCCCGGCCCCGCCGCCUGCAGCCCCCCGAGGCCUCCUACGCGCCGUAGCUGGUGACAAAUAGCCUUUACCGUCCCCUCAAGUCCAGCUCCCACUGACAGGUCUGAAGCCUUUCUGCUUUUGAUAAUACACUCUCUUGUUUCUCUUACUGUAAAGGGAAGUUUAUUACCAAUUAAAAAAAAAAAAAGGGUAUUUUUAUGAAAAAAAAAAAAAUAUAGAAUUAUCAGUGCUCCCUGAGGAAAAAAAAAAAAAAAAAGUGCUUUGAGAUUCUGUGGGAUAAAAAGAGAUAAAGAAGCGUAUUUUGAGAUAACAGAUGCAUUUUGUAUGGUUUCCUUUUCUAAACUCCUGGUUUGUACUACAGAUUGCAGAAAUCACCCCCCAGCCCCCUCCCUGCCCACCCAGGGCUGCCCUGGGUGGCAGUGGAGGAUGAGGCAGAGAAUUCACACAGGGCUCCAGAGCCUCCCGACCAACUCCAAAGAUGCGGCAAAGACACGUGCGGAGCCGGCAAGGCCACGGCCCCCCGGCUGGGAGCACAGAGCCAGCCCGGCCACUGCUGCCUUGGGGACCUGGCACAGGCAGUGACACCCCAGAGCGAGACACCUGCACGGCCGGGGCUCGGGGCAGCGGAUCUUCAACUGUGCUCUUGUUACAAGCAAAACCCCAAAACCACCGUGAGUUUAAUUUCAGUUCCUCCCAAGCCCCUGUUCACAUCGGCGACAAGCACAGCCUGCUGAGAACAACGAGACCACGGCACAGGUUUCACCUCCAGCCCCAGGUGCGUUGGAUUUGCCAAAAAACCACGAAAGGGUGUGAUGUCAACACAGUGUACAUAGUGUACAGUAGGGGAGAGAUUAAUGUAUCUUAAUUUGUCAUUAUUUUGCUAACCAAAGCUGUACAUUUUUCCUAUUCUGGCUCUGUCUCCUUUGGGAUUUGAAGGGGUUCCGACACCCCGCGCAUCCGGCCCGCAUCGGCAGUUCUGACAAUGCACUGUUUCUACGGAUUCUCAUGCUUUCUCCAUUUUAUUGCUGGGAUUACAUGAAUUGUUGACUUUAUUUUUACACAAUAAAGAGCGAAGAAAGACA